GCAUCCGAAAUUUGAUGAAAUAAUGAAGGACAAUUUAGCCAUAUGAAAUUGUUAGAGAGAACAACGAAUGGGCAGAGGAAAUUGAAUGGAUGAUCACUUCAGCAGAAUCAUAUUUCAAUAUCAAGUUCACUGAAGGCUACAACAAUGAGCUACAGUGUAUUCGGCUAAACUUGGAUCCUGUGCAUGCAGUGCAUCGACCGUUUAUUGCCUAUCUGGGACUUUAUCUUAUCACUAAGAUUUAUGAUGUAGUCUAUUUACAAAUGGUGGCAAAAUUCGCACCCUCAGCAUGUGCCAUUGAAGCUGUUACUGCACCGGAUGUGUUAUGGGGUGGACCUUUCCAGAGAAUAAAUACAGUUGUAGACUCAGUUUUAUCUGCAAUUUUCCCUGUCAACAACAGCAGCGCAGCAAAGAGUAGCAAGAAAGCACUGCCUUCAUCUUCACCAUCUAGAGUAUUGUCUUUUUGGUAUAGAAAAGCUCUCACAGCAGAAAACAAUGGGUUGACUCCUAUUGUGUUUAUACAUGGUAUUGGCGCUGGUGUCAUCUGUUAUACGGAAUUCAUACAUCAAAUUAGCAAGUUGGACAGGCCUGUAUUUUUAGUUGAAAUCCCUUAUGUAUCUAUGCACAUGGUUGAUAAUGUACCAUCUGCUGCAGAAACAGUGCAGGAGAUCUCCAGCAUGCUUAAAUCCUAUAGCUACGAUAAAGCAGUAUAUGUGGGUCAUUCUGUAGGUACAGCUGUCUGUAGUUGGAUCAUGAAGCUUGCACCUAAAACUGUAGGAGGUAUGGUUCUGAUUGAUCCCAUUUGUUUCUUACUGCAUUACCAUAAUGUUGCUUUUAAUUUUGUCUACCGUAUUCCCAAAACUUUGAUUGAGGUAUGUAUGCACGUGAUGCAUUAUGGUGCUGCAAGAGAACUGUAUAUAAGUAACUAUAUAUCGCGUCACUUUCAAUGGUUUGAAGCUAUCUAUUUUACUCAGCCGAAUAAUACAGAAGAAAAGCCCAGGCUUCCUUCGCAUUUGGACGAAACGUCACCUUUGUCAAAUGCUACUGUUUUCUUGUCGGAAAGAGACGGUCUUGUUUGCAGUGCUUAUGUAUAUCAAUAUCUUUUGGAAAGAGGUGUGGAUGCCUACAUAAUGAAAGAUUUGGAACAUGCCAUGUUCUUGACGAAUACGAAUUGGAAGAGUACAAUUAAAAAACAAAUAGAUACAAUUGCCCAUAGGGCAGAUCAACAUACUUCACCUACUUCCGAUACAGCUGUCACAUCUUUAAAAUGAAUAAAACUGCAUUUCUAGCGUUUAGUAUUUUGUUCCUCUUCCAGUAUGAUU